AACAGGGCCUCGACCAAUGAGGAGCGAGCGCACGGUGACGGCGGAGAUGUAAACAAACAGAAGCAGCGCGGCCAUUACAGCAACAACCGAGUUCCAGCAAGUUGACCGUUUCUCUCUUCUGUCGUCGAAUAAAUCACCCCCGAAGACAUGAAAGACCCGAGCAUCAGCAGCGGGGCCCCGAACAUGACCACCGGCACCGAGGUGAUCCUCACCAGCCAGUUCAACGCCGAGGACGACCCGUUCGCCGAGUAUAUGUGGAUGGAGAACGAGGAGGAGUUCAACAGGCAGGUGGAGGAGGAGCUGUGGGAGGAGGAGUUCAUCGAGCGCUGUUUCCAGGAGAUGCUAGAUGAGGAGGAGGAGUGGGAGUGGUUCAUCCCGUCCAGAGAUCUCCCUUCUCAAAGCGUCAGCCAGCUGCAGGAGCAGAUCAGCCUCCUGGUCCUCGAUGGUGACAAAGACCUGGAUGUGGUGGUGACAAGCAGCUUGAACCCCAAUGCCAAGGAGUUCACCCCAGGCAUCCAGAAACACGCCAUGUGACCCGGCUAGGCUCCUCCCUCCCCCUAACCCUAGUCCGCACUGUGACAUCAUCACCAAGAUGUCUGCUGUAUUUUCCAGCCGCCACUCGACCUUCAGCCUGACGUGUUGCCAAAGUUCUGCGCUCGCAUGUGUUCACAGUUACAGUUAGUUUUGUGUGUGUGUGUGUGUGUGUGUGUGAGUGUGUGAGUGAACUCUCUGAAUGUACAUCAGCUGAGAGGAGUGUUUGUAUGACUCUAAAUCAGAACAAACCGCUUCCUGUCUCCACUUUAAUUAUUAUUUUUGGGGCACUUUUAUAAAACCUGAAAUCAAACCGUGUGCUUGUUUUUUUUUUUUUUUUUUUUUUAAAAUUCAACUUCCUGUUCAGAGGGUCGCCUUCGCCGCCUCGUGGCGUCUAAAAGCACUUUUCCGGUCGUGGUUUGUUUAGCUGGCUGUUCUGCUGUUUCUUGCUCUUUUUCCCAGCAUCCUUGGCGUUUCUGUCAGCUCUGACCUGUCUUCGCUCUGCUGCCUACAUCAAAUAACUCGUGUUGACUUUUUUUCUAAAUGCACAGAAAGUACUGUAUAAAAAGUCGUAUAAACAAAAACAAUGUAAAAAAAUCUAUUUUUUCUUAUACUACUUGAAAUAAAUGUUUAUGAAAGGAAAAAAAAAA